AUGACUCCGCAAAUCAUACAUCUGCCGGACGGGCAGAAGUUCACCGUCAUACCCGUCUUCGCAGGUCUCUUUUUUAAGCCGCACGACCUGAAUACGCACAACAACCCCUUUCCCAUCGGCUGGACCGUUGUAUUGAACACUGAGGAUGAAGAGCUCGCGUUUAACGAUGUUGAUAGCCAUCGCAGCGAGGAGGACCGUACACAUGCCCGCCACCGUCACACACACGGCUUCAGGCAACCCACGCUGCAGAAUGACAACCUCUUUAUCUCAUCUAUAUCACAGCCCUCUAGCACCGACUUUAAGCCCGCCGCUAGUCCAACCCGUCAGAUUGCCAUGAUGCUUUGGGUCACGCUUUACUGGUACUUCCAUCAACCCCAGCCGUCGCCCUACCUUACGACUGACGCAUCCCGACUCACUCCCGAGGAAGCGCGACCCAAGGGCGAAUGGCGCAUCAACAUCAAGCGCGAUGGUGUCCUCCGCAGCAAGAACUUGAUGCCGAAGCUGGAGCGCAUGGGUCUGCUCUCAUCGCUGGACUCUGCAGUGGGGACAAACCUCGAGGACGACGGCGAGGAAUGGUCGCAGAUGUUUGUCUCGCGUCGCACGUUCUGGCAGAUCCCGGGGCGACUGUUCCUGUUCACCCUGCAGCGCAGAGGCGCCACAUCGUCCUAUAUCGAGUCUCCGGCCAGCAGCCGCCCGACUUCGCCAGCUCACACCGAAUCAAUCCACUCACGGCAUCACACACCCAUCCACUCCCCCCACCAGUCCAUGGGGACUCACUUUGAGACAGACGUACCAGGUCCACCUCCGAACUUCCCCAUCGGGCCGUUCUACUCGAGCUCCCAUCUCCCGACAUACUACCCGCCGCCGGCUUUGAUGUAUACCAUCACUAAAGGCAUUCGGCACCCCGUCCGUCGAAAGCCAGGCCGCAUGGGCGAAGUCUUUUACUCCCGCUUCGUGCCGAGCGUGGGACAGUACCUGUCGUUCCGGGUCGCAUCCUUUGCGCCGGAACCCGUUCCCUACCUCGGUCCCGUGGGACCGAAGCCCGCCGAGAACAGCCACCUCACGGCGCUCUCCGAUUCGGCUCUGCUACAGUCCUGGAUGUCGAACCCGCGCGUCCAGAAGUUCUGGGGAGAUUACGCGCCCGACUUCCUGAGCAACGUCCUAAGCUCGAAGCACUCUUUCCCCGUCAUUGGUAUGUGGGAUGGGGUGCCGUUUGGGUACUUUGAGAUUUACUGGGUUAAGGAGGAUAUUCUCGGCCAGAAGCUGGGUAGCGACGCCGGAGACUACGACCGGGGUGUCCAUGUCUUUGUCGGAGAGGAGUGGGCCCGGGGUCGGGUGCCGGCGUGGCUCUCCAGCUUGGUGCACUGGUGCCUGACGGACGACUACCGUACGAUGCAUGUCUGUCUGGAGCCGCGGAUAGACAACGUGAGGUUUCACAAGCAUUUGCAAAAGGCUGGGUUUGCCAAGGAGCGAGAAAUUGCCUUCUCCCACAAGCAGUCUUACUUGAUGAAGUUGAACAGAGACGCAUGGGAGGGACCAGCCUUGUGA